AUGGGCCCCGGCAGGGUCAACUGGCUUCGUUUUAGGGAUAGGGACGCAGACGACAAGACCAAGAUUAGCACAGGCGACAAAGGAGAAGAAGGAGAAGGAGAGGACAUGGAAGACGAAGACGAAAGGGAAAGUGAAGAUAACUACACAGACGAAGGCCAGGUCAGCCGUCCCGAUACAAGCGACGGAGGAGACAGCACCGAGGACGGCAGUCCCGAGCCCACCACCAGAGAACCUGAUACUGAAAACGCUCGGAAAGGAUUUGAGCUUAAACAGCUUACACCCGCCAGAAACCCCAGAAGCACUGCAGGCCGCAGAGGACAAGUCACGGAGAAAGGUGGUGUCGGGCCCACCAUAGAAGAAUCCAAGUGUACAGAUGACCGGAGGCCACCUGGACUUAGACAUUGGGAAGACCUCAAGCACAUCAUGAUUUCCCGGGAUCGCACUGAAGAUAGCUCUUUUCGAAAAGAUUUACUCAUCGCGGCUUCGGGAGAAAACGGAGAUAAGCUUCUCAUAGACGACGAUGAGAAUAAGCUAGUCGCUGAACCAACAUUCACCAGGGUGGUGGCGCCAUCCAUUUCGGGGGACUACCAAUUUCAAUUGCAGCUUCUAGAGAACAAAAAUAAGAGGCUCGUGAUGGAGAGGAGAGAGAGACGAGAAAUGGAGAGGAGAGAGCAGGAGGGCGGUGUUCCAACACGCAACCUGCCGGUGCAACCCGCUGGGGUUCAUCGAUCUCAGCCAGCAGAAUCGACCUCCCGGUCAAAGACAGCAAUAAAUCAGAUUCUUGAAUUAGAAAAACAGAUCGAGAUACUCCGGAAGAAACAAAGGGACCUGGGCUCUACGACGAUCCAAGUUUUGCAUAAGAUCGAACGGGACGACCAAAACGCCUUCCUCAUGCCGCCCUCCUGGUCGUUGACGCCCGAUGGGAGUCUGAAGCUAAUUGGAAACGAACCUCUAGCUAAUGAAUCAAAUUACUUAUCCAGACGACCCGACAUCGCUUUCGUUGUCUACAGUUUCUAUGGCGAGGGCCACCAAAAGCAAGCCAUAGAGAACGCCAAGGCCACAGGCGGACCACUGCCCCAGCCCGUGGUUAUUCGAGAAACUAUCAGACUUUAUUCGAAGAAGAUGGUCAAUGCGGUGGAGAACUUCCUCGGAGCUCAGCCAACCUUCAGAAAGGAUUUCCCAACCUGGAGUAGCAUGUCACAUAUCGACUCGCCUUUUAUCUUUUGGUAUCACUAUCGAUCGAGCGGGUAUACAGACAUCAUGCCUGAGCCUCACAAGAGUCAGAUGCAGCUUCUAGGUGGGUGGAUCGACCGGAACUAUGGGCAAUUAUAUCAGGACGCCGAGAAGAAGUUCUCUCGCGGUCUCGUCUCCGGCUCGAUUAUGCCCUUUUUCCUUAGACCCGGCGAAGCCUUAGUCUCAUACGACCCUAAAGGUAUCCAGGGUCACAUUUCUAAGUCUUGGGUGGUCCGAGAAGAGCCCUCCCGUUCAUCAAGUUGGGGCAAGGAUAGUGAGAAAAAGAAAGCACGGUGGACUGUUAACUGCUGGUCAUACUCAUACAAUGGCCGAUUUUCCCGUUCGCCCUCAAAGUUGCUCAUCGAGCUCAAGAGCGAUGAUGAACAUUCAGAUAUCGAUAUAGCCAAACUACGAGUACUACCACUUCGACUUGCUACUGAUGAAAUACGCAUAAAGCUUGAACACCGCGGUCGGAUGAUGUGGGCAUGUCGGAAUCGGAAGCUUGUUGCUUACGACGGCAAAGCCAGCCUCUAUGGACAUGGGGAAAGGUACAUGAUUGACUUCGCUACAUACAAGUCCCUGCAUUCGAAGGCUCUCUCGUCAACGGACAUACAUGGUCCCACCAAGGACGAAAUUUCCGACAAAGUUAUGGAACGUGACGAGCCUCCGAAAGCUCCCGAGCUGCUGGUGUUCCCAAACAAGAUCAAGGGGUACAACCUCCGGCAAAAGACUUGGGAUGAUCUUGACGUCGACUUAAUGCACAAUGUUGCGUGGGACAAGGCAGCCUUCAAAAACCUCGUCAUCGAUGAUGAAUCUAAGGACCUAAUUGAGGCUCUUGUCACCACCAAGCUCGAGACGGAACAAGGCACCGAUCUCAUCAAGGGAAAGGGCCAGGGACUGAUCAUCCUGCUCCAUGGCGGACCAGGAACAGGCAAGACAUUUACCGCCGAAAGCGUAGCUGAAUUUGCCGAAAAGCCUCUCUUUCGUGUAACAUGCGGUGACAUUGGCUCCAAACCGGAGGAGGUCGAGAAAUACCUCGAGUCAGUGCUACAUCUUGGCAAGAUCUGGGACUGCGUGGUAUUGCUGGACGAGGCGGAUGUAUUCCUCGAGCAACGGACCCUUACCGACCUCGAGCGCAAUGCACUGGUGUCGGUAUUUCUGCGCGUGCUAGAGUACUACGAGGGCAUUCUGAUCCUGACCUCGAACCGCGUGGGAACAUUUGACGAGGCCUUCAAGUCACGCAUCCUGCUCUCGCUACACUACGAGCCUCUGACGAAGGAGCAGCGACGCAAGAUCUGGAAGAAUUUCUUCGACCGGCUCAAGACGCUCGAGGAGGAUGCACAGGCCCGCGAAAUCGUGGGACCUCUUCGGUCAGGGUCAUCGCGAAAGCGAAAGCGCGAAGAUGAGGAGUCCAAGGGAAUAGACUUCGGAGAGAUCGAGUGUUGCCUUGCAGAGCUGGCGGAAGAGGAGAUGAACGGUCGGCAAAUACGCAAUGCUAUUACGACGGCGCGCCAGGUGGCCAAGUUUAAGGGUGUUAGAAUGUCGUCGGCACACUUGAAGCAGGUCAUCAGAGUAUCGGGGUACUUCGAGGCGUAUCUGAAGAAGGUACAGGAUGGCUACACUGAUGAUCAGGUGGCACGGGGAGAAGGGAUUCGAUAA